UUUUAUAAACAAACACAGCUGUUUGUCACAUUUGGCGCCUUUAUUGAAUUUUUCGUUAACCUGCAUAAAUUUCAUUAACAUUUAUUUGAAAGCACAUAAAAUGAGUGAAUUGGACAUGGAAGUAGAUUUAGAGGAAGAUGAAGAAAAACCAUAUGUUCGGACGCUGGAAGAUGUCCAAAGUAUCAUUAAAUACGCCAAGUUGGAUGCCAAAAAUCUUACACAAGUUACACAAGCACUUUAUUAUCCUUCAGCCGCUGAAAGCGAUGAUAAUUUGAAGCUUCUUGAGUUGGACACUCACAUGCACCAACAAAUACGCCUUGGUCAAACUCUAUACUUCAAAGGGGGCAAUAAUGAGAAAAUUGUUUUAUGUACCGAGGAGAGAACAUACGACGUGAAGGGUGCUGAAAUCUCCAAUAGUCUCCUAUUGGUGCCGGACUUGAAAUUUGCUGCUGCUACCAGCACCUCCCCAUUGAAAAGUCCUCGCACUGGCGCGUCUUCGCUCGAAUCGAGUUUAAAUGAAGAUGAUGACGAUAUUUCGGUCGAUCGUGUAUUGGAACAGCGUAAAGUUUUGAAAAUUUUUCACGAAUACUUUGAAUGUCGUGAAAUUCGACCACGUUAUCGUAAGAUAUAUGAACUGUUACAGUUGACGCGUUACUCAGGACCCGAGAACGAGGAAUAUAUUGACCGGAAACUACUUUUCACAUACAAUCAACUGUUGGAUACUGUUCAAUGUAGUCGCAAGCAAUUUGACGAAGGUUUGUUGCAUUUCCGCGUAAUGGAAUUUGAUGGUCGGGUUCGAAUGCUUGAAUAUGAAUAUGAGAUGCGUAUUUUGAAUUGUAUGCUGGCAUUGUUGACUGAAAAUUCGUGGCCUUUAGAUGAAGUAGAAUAUGAUGAGACUGUAUCGGCGUUAGAAGGCAUCGCGCCUUCUGAAAUUGUAAAAGGAUUAUUUAGGAUUUACACUGUACCAACAGAGGGAAAGGAUGGUAAGUUUACAUACAAAGAGGACUUGGUUGCACGUAUCAUAGCACAAAACAUUUUACAACCGGAACUGAAAUUCCGCAAAGAUGAGUUUAUGAACACUUGGCAGGAAGCAAUGCCGGAGGGGAUGAAUUGCGAUGAAAAACAUUUACGAGCUCUGGGCAUCAUUGAUAAAGAAGGAAAUACAACUUGUAUCCGUUCGCUUGUGGAAGAGCUGCUGCCCACAAAUAUUCACGAACGAAUGCGAAUAUUAUUCAAAACUAAAACACGUUGGACGAUGGAUGAAAUGGAGCCUUACAUUGAAUGUUUUAGUACACCUACCCUUUCCGUGUCCACUUUGUUGGCCAAGCAUGCGCGCUCCCUCACGGAGAACGGUGUGCGAUAUUUUGUGUCAAAACACUGAUUUCAUCUUAAUAGUUCAUUGUAUUAUUUUAUUACAAAACACAAACAAAUAAAACAACCCAUAUUAAAUACGAAA